AAAUUUACACAGCAGUCAAUUGAUUGAAUCCAACUAAAACAUUGAAUCGGUCAUUCCGAAAUACUUGGGGUCCGUACAAACGUCCAACCAGAGUAUAUAGACACCCGUCCAACAGGCGAGUUCGAAACCGACGAAUCUGACGACGACGCUGUGGUUCGUUGGUCGUGCGACGAGGGUGAUCGGUGCUGGCCUGCUGUACAGCCGACAGUCGGUGUUCAGCAGCGAAACUGGGAGGACUCACACCGCCGCCGACUGGAGCCGACUGCAUGACACCCGACGCCAUCGACUCGACGUUGCCGCUCGUCGACUAAAUAGGGCUACUGAGCACGGUCCAAACGACAACGACCUGGAGAAAGUGGAGUCUGUGCAAUUUUAGUGCAAUCUUGAUCUACUGUGCAAUCAACAACUAACACAACAUGCCGGUUGUACCGUCAAGCAAAAAGAAAAGUGAAUCAAAGGGGAGUGAGAAAAUUAAUGAAGUUGACAGUCACAUCACUCAAAGAUAUGAAAUACGAAAGCGACUUGGAAAAGGGGCUUACGGGAUCGUGUGGAAGGCCAUCGACAGACGCUCCGGAGACGUGGUGGCCCUGAAAAAGAUAUUCGACGCGUUCCGAAACCCCACCGACGCGCAGCGCACGUUCCGCGAGAUCCUGUUCCUGCAGGAGUUUCGUCAUCACCCGAACGUCAUCCGACUGCUGAACGUCAUCCGCGCCGACAGCGACCGAGACAUCUACCUCGUCUUCGAGUACAUGGACACUGACCUACACCAUGUGAUUAAGAAGCGCGGCAUUCUGAAGGACAUCCACAAGCGGUACAUCAUGUACCAGCUGUUCCGGGCCACCAAGUACCUGCACUCGGCUGAGGUCAUUCACCGUGACCAGAAGCCUUCCAACAUUCUCUUGGACGCCGACUGCAACGUCAAGAUCGCCGACUUCGGCCUGGCGCGCUCGCUGUCCAGCCGAGAGACGAACAGCAGCGAGACGGAACCUCCCCUUACAGACUACGUGGCCACCCGCUGGUACCGGGCGCCCGAGAUCCUGCUCUCGGCCAAAACAUACACCAAGGGUGUGGACAUGUGGAGCCUGGGCUGCAUCGUGGCCGAGAUGCUGCUGGAGCGGCCGCUGUUCCCCGGCACCUCGACCGUCAACCAGAUCGAGCGGAUCAUGGCCACGCUGGACGCUCCGACACCGCAGGACGUCGCCUCCGUGUGCUCAGGGUACGCCUCGUCGCUGCUGGACCGCGCCGUGCUCACCCAUCGCCGGCCGUUGACGGCCCUGCUGCCGGCCGACACGCCACCCGACGCCAUGGAUCUCGUCACCAAGCUGCUCGUCUUCAACCCCACGCGGCGUCUGACCGCCGAACAGGCGCUCCGCCAUCCCUACGUCAAGGGCUUCCACAAUCCUGCCAAAGAGCCGACUUUCGGACACGCCAUCGUGCCACCGGUCAACGACAGCGUGCAGCUGAGUGUCGAGGCCUACCGCUCUCGGCUGUACGACUUUAUAGCACAGAAGAAGGGUCACGCGCGCACCGGGCGAACGCUGCCUUCCCGAGAACGACCUCCGGCGCCGGCCGCUACACGACCCACGCACCUAGACCGAAAGCGGUCCGUCGCCGGGGUGGAGUUAGCCAGAGGCAAGCCAUACGACGCCGGCGACAGUAAGACGCCGUCCCCUACCAGCCGACACACACCGCCCUCGCCGCCGCGGCCUCCCAAACAGUCGGGAGACGGAGGGUCGCCCGCCAAACCGGCGGCGGCACCGCGCUUCUCGAGCGCCCAACACCGGCACAGUGUGCAGACAGUGACCCGAGCGCACGGCCACUCAGACGUGCGCUCCAGCAGUCUGAGGAAGCAGCAGAGUCUGGAGAGCGUGCUGACCUCGAGCGGCAGCCCGUCUGAGCCCCCGGGCCGCCACGGCCGGCCGGUGCUCUCCCAGCUGAAGGCAGCAUUCGUACGCAGUCUCGACUACACCAGCAUCAGGAAGGACAAGGCGUCCGCCGUGGCGCCCGGCCACUUCUCGUCUGUCCGGAGGCCGUCCGCCGGCGCUGGCGCCACUGGAUUGCCGCCGGGCCUCCAGCAGUACGGCCUGCACCACAAGUGACAGCCGGCCCUGCCCGCGCUCCAACACAUCGAGCCGCAUAAGCGACCAACGCCACAGCGCUUCAGCCGCGCCGUCUGGGCUGCCCAGUGAGCGCCGCGCGCACCUACAGUUCCAGAACCCGCCGCCAGGGGCGCUGUGUGAACGGGCCGGGCGGGUCACGUCAUCUAUUACCGGAUUGAUAUGAAUGUGCAUGUGCCGACACAACUUUCUCUUUCAACACAAUUGAUAUGAUUUUUAUGAUCGAUAUUCGAUAUGACUUUUUGGAAAUCUUCCAUGGCUCGAACUGGGAUGUGUGCUUCGAAUGUCAUCUUCUUGAUGAUGAGCAGGUCAGCUGGAAAUAAAUGUCUGUCAUGUGUGAAAUAUACAAUAAAAGAUUAACCCAUUCGAGUUA